AUGACUGCCAUCCAGCUAUGAGAAUUUAUUGACCGCCACCCAGGGAUCCCACCCAGUAUAUUCAUUGCCCAUCAAGGAAAGGACCUCCAUGGCUAUUACCCUGGGCAGCUUGCAAGAGUUCAUUAUACUCAUAUGUGAAGAUUAUCCCCCAGACCUCUCAUAGACUUGGAAAUUCCACCUAAGAGAAAAAGUCAGUAUCAGCCUCAAUUAGACCAACAAACUCUCAUUCAAUACAUUUGUUUUCGAAGACAUUCAAAGCCUGCUGAGCCAUGGUAUAAAGAAACUACGUACCAAAGAGACUAUUCUUUGCCAUUUUACAAGAUGGGAAUUAUCAUUCUAAUGGGGCUCCUGAUUUGGGAAUGCAUCUCCUCCCAUAACAAAAAGUUCGUGUUGGUCCCCGGCAAGCUGGUCAGUGCGCCCCUGGGCUGCUGCCCAAAUUCUGUGUUUCGCCUCAGGGUUUCAUCGAAUCCUAGACCACUUAAUUCACUGCCAGGGCAUUACUGUUGUGAAGAGAGUGGCUUUGAAAGAAAGGCUUUUAAACUAAAGUAACCACGGCAUUUGAACAAAAUAACAUUUGGCAUUCUUAAGUGGCUCUUUUAGACUGAAAUAAUGGUAACAGAACUACUUUUAAGUGUAUAUCCAGAUGGCUACAAUCCUAAAAUAUUUACAUGUUGCAAAUUCUUUUCACAUUAAGUUGGUCAGCCUAGGGCAGGGAAUCAAGAUCAGCCUUAAGAAGACUUGUCACCUGUUCUUAAUGCCCCACUACCAGACUUGUUGCUGGUGUUGGCAAACCAUCUCACAUUUAGUCCAGUGGUUUUAUGUGGGACCAGGUAAGAAUAUAAUUGCCUCCGCCCAAUAACUGCAUCACUGUUGGAAAAAAAAAGCAGCAGCAGCAUCUGAGGAUGUAGCUAAGGAGGAAGAUUACUGGCAUCACAGACCUGGAAGGUGAUUUGGAUGCAGAACCCCAGAUAUGACACAGGGCUGUAGUGAGAUGUGGGGCUGGUAAAAAGAAAGAUUAGUUGAAAGUCUAGAUACAGGAGUUAACAUCCCUAUCCUGACAAGAAUGCCUGACAACUAGGCAUCAACUCCCUGGGCAAAAUGCUAGAGGUUCUUCUCUAAGAAAUGAAAUGAUCCCAAAGGAAAGAAUCCUACAUUCUGUUCCCUAGGGACCCCCCAGCAUAGUAGU